AUUGUAAUCCACACACUUUGGUGAUUGUACAUUUGAAAUAGUGAUCAACUCUUCAUUGCUCUUGAUGAGAUAUUGUCCUUCCAUGUAAUUUUUUGUUUUAUUGAAGGUCAAAACUUAAUUCUUGCCAUCCUUCUUUACUAACUGCAUUUUGUUUAUAUUUCUUUGGCAAAUAGAUUCUUGGAGAUAUCUGGGCAGAUAAAAUUAGUGGGAAACUAGUAUUGGGUUUUGGAGUGAUCUGGUGGUCAGCUACAACAGUUUUGACACCUAUUGCUGCCAGAGUUGGGCUUCCUUUCUUGCUUGUCAUGUGUGCCUUUAUGGGGAUUGGUGAGGUUAGCCUAUUCUUAUGCUCCUUUGAGGUGCUUUUAUGGUUUACUGGACUAUGAUGAGCUUCACAUUCCCGUGUUUCAUCCUUCAAUUUGGGGUUUCUUCCAAGUACUCUUCAACCAUCUCCAGAAACCAUGGUUUUUUUGUCUUCUCCACCAACAAAAGAAGAUAUAGUACACCUAAACCCUUAUUGUCUCAACAGUCAAGUGAAGCAGAGUUACUGGUGGUGGUUGGCGGUGGAGCAGCAGGAAUUUAUGGAGCAAUUAGGGCUAAAACCAUUGCACCAAAUCUGAAUGUGGUUGUUAUUGAAAAAGGGAAGCCCUUGUCAAAGUUUAAAAUUUCUGGAGGUGGCCGAUGCAAUGUGACAAAUGGGCAUUGUAGUGACAAUUUGAUUUUGGCAGAACAUUAUCCUAGGGGUAAUAAGGAACUAGGCUCUUUCUUCAGUAUGCAUGGUCCCAAGGAUACCAUGUCCUAGUUUUCUGAUCUUGGGGUGAAACUGAAGGUCAUCUAGAAACUACACACUUUUGCUUUCUUUCUUCUACUUCAUUUAUGCUGUUAAUGUUUUCUUUUACAAUAUCAUGAAUUGGCUUCAGUCAUUUAUGCUUAGAAUCAAGUGUUACCAUUCUGGUGUCAGACUGAGGAUGAUGGAAGGGUAUUUCCAAUCAGUAACAACUCAUCUUCUGUAGUCGAUUGCCUUUUGUCAGAAGCAAA